AUGCUCCUCAGAACUCUGUCCGCUAUCGCAAUAGCCCUAUUGUCUGGGCUGCUCCUGGCCACUCCAGCAAGGACCCAAAACUCGACAGGCUCCCAGGCACUUGGUGACUGGUUUAUCAACGACUUCUACCCCUCAGCACGCGACAAUGUCCUCGCUCCUUUCGAAGAUGGCACUUUCUCGCGAGAUAUCGUUUCCAAAUCCAACGACAUUACCUACAGUUAUCGAAAAAUGAAGAAAGGCUGGAUUGAAUUCGGUGAAUACAUGAAGACGCUCGACGAGUGGACCUUCACUCCGGUCAGCACUGUUGCUUAUGCUACCGACGAUCUUGGCCUUGAAGGAUCAAUCAUUGCCUCAGGCGAAAUUUCCGUUCGCACGAAGAAUGGAACUGUCUUCACGGGAGGCAAGAAUGCUGUCUACGUCUGGGUAAAAUACAACCGUAGACUGGGUAGACGAGUCAUCAAAGAGUGGAGGGAGGUGUAUCAGGCGCCGCCUGGGUCUCUCGAUCAUCUCCAGUAA